AUGGUCAAUGGCAAUUCGACUGUGUUGGAGCCGACCUUCAACGGCUACGUUGCGACUACCCAUGACGCUCUUAUUCUCUUUGAGGCGUGCUUGACCGGAGUGUUGCACCAUGUGCCUCGUCGGCCUCACGAUCGGGAGCGCAGCCAUCUGGUUCGCAGCGGGGCCGUCUUUAUUUACGAGGAGAAUUCAUCCGGGAUCAAGCGAUGGACGGACGGCGUAACGUGGAGCCCCAGCCGCAUUCUGGGUAACUUCCUCGUCUACCGCGAGCUGGAGAAGCCGUUUCCCCCGGGUGAAAAGAAACGGGCGAUGAAGAAAACCACCCGGCGCCCCCUCACGUCAGGGAGGCCCGGGGAACCGUACGCGCGACAGGAUAGCAACGGGGGCAGCUACUCUCCGUCACCAACAGCCAGUGGUUAUGGAGCAGAGAGGACGCAUCAGUCGGAAAUCGAGAGGGCGCUGGUCGGCUCGCUGGUGGAUUCGUAUGGUUUCAAGGAGAUGGGGUUGGUGAAGAAGACGAUGAGCGUUACCGUUUCUGGCGUGACACAUCACCUUGUUUCUUACUAUAGCGUGGAGGACGUGACGCGAGGAGUGCUGGCGCCGCCGUCAGCGGUCGAGGCGCUCAAAUAUGUCCGGCCCCGUCCAGAGCUGACGCAGAAGCAAAGCUUCCGCGCCCCAAUUGACGAGCUGGAACAUGUGGGAAUGGAGGUUACGAGUGAUCCAUCCCAUCCGUUCUUCCCUUAUCGCUCGCAGAUGGUGCCGACUCCGCCGUACUCAAUACCGGCUCCUCAACAGGAUUUCUAUAUGCAGCAGCACCACUACGCACCGGUGACGCAUCCUGCGCAGCCUAAUCAAGUCGCAACGUUCACGCUCGGCGGGCCGAGUCCUACCCAGCAGGCCUACCUUCCCACGCCCACCGCGCCAACGCAUAUCCCGCAGCCCCAGAAACAAGAAGAUUAUACUCAAUUCCGGGCCCAGGGCCCGUACGCCACCGGCUUCGAUCCGCUUGGUCACAAUGCGCUUUCUUCGUCAUUGCAGGCCGGUAUUCCACCUCUGACGAACCCGAUAAACGAGCGGGCACGCUCCCAGUCAGAUCAGAGUCAGGCCGCUUAUCGAAACUCCUCGAUCUCUUCGCGAAGUGUUGCAACCGAUGCGACUUCCCCGAUGGACCCAUCGACACCAGCAUAUUCGCGGGGAAGCAGCUUCAGUCUGGCAAGCCAGCUGGAUGGAUCGGCUCAUUCACCCCUGGAGCAUCGUGGAAUGAGCUUUGAUGCAAGCAUACCCCGGCGCGAUUCGCACCAAAUCUCGGCACAAUUCUAUCCUGGAAGCCGAUCGACCUCAGUACUAUCUCAGUGCACCAGUGCCUGCGACUCACGCCAACUACCCAGUCACGACCUGGGCGGCGGCUGCUCCGCCGCCGAUGUAAUACCUUAA